ACCCCCACACUAUCAGUCCCUAAUGGUUCCCUAUCACCUCAGGUCAAGACCCCCACACUAUCAGUCCCCAAUGGUUCACUAUUCCCUAUCACCUCAGGUCAAGACCCCCACACUAUCAGUCCCUAAUGGUUCCCUAUCACCUCAGGUCAAGACCCCCACACUAUCAGUCCCCAAUGGUUCACUAUUCCCUAUCACCUCAGGUCAAGACCCCCACACUAUCAGUCCCCAAUGGUUCCCUAUCCCCUCAGGUCAAGACCCCCACACUAUCAGUCCCUAAUGGUUCCCUAUGCCCUCAGGUCAAGACCCCCACACUAUCAGUCCCCAAUGGUUCCCUAUUCCCUAUUCCCUCAGGUCAAGACCCCCACACUAUCAGUCCCUAAUGGUUCCCUAUCACCUCAGGUCAAGACCCCCACACUAUCAGUCCCUAAUGGUUCCCUAUUCCCUCAGGUCAAGACCCCCACACUAUCAGUCCCCAAUGGUUCCCUAUUCCCUAUCACCUCAGGUCAAGACCCCCACACUAUCAGUCCCCAAUGGUUCCCUAUCACCUCAGGUCAAGACCCCCACACUAUCAGUCCCCAUUGGUUCCCUAUGCCCUCAGGUCAAGACCCCCACACUAUCAGUCCCCAAUGGUUCCCUAUUCCCUCAGGUCAAGACCCCCACACUCAGUCCCUAAUGGUUCCCUAUCACCUCAGGUCAAGACCCCCACACUAUCAGUCCCUAAUGGUUCCCUAUUCCCUCAGGUCAAGACCCCCACACUAUCAGUCCCUAAUGGUUCCCUAUUCCCUCAGGUCAAGACCCCCACACUAUCAGUCCCUAAUGGUUCCCUAUUCCCUCAGGUCAAGACCCCCACACUAUCAGUCCCUAAUGGUUCCCUAUUCCCUAUUCCCUCAGGUCAAGACCCCCACACUAUCAGUCCCUAAUGGUUCCCUAUCCCCUCAGGUCAAGACCCCCACACUAUCAGUCCCUAAUGGUUCCCUAUUACCUAUUCCCUCAGGUCAAGACCCCCACACUAUCAGUCCCUAAUGGUUCCCUAUCCCCUCAGGUCAAGACCCCCACACUAUUAGUCCCUAAUGGUUCCCUAUCACCUCAGGUCAAGACCCCCACACUAUCAGUCCCCAAUGGUUCCCUAUUCCCUCAGGUCAAGACCCCCACACUAUCAGUCCCUAAUGGUUCCCUAUUCCCUCAGGUCAAGACCCCCACACUAUCAGUCCCUAAUGGUUCCCUAUUCCCUCAGGUCAAGACCCCCACACUAUCAGUCCCUAAUGGUUCCCUUUCACCUCAGGUCAAGACCCCCACACUAUCAGUCCCUAAUGGUUCCCUAUUCCCUCAGGUCAAGACCCCCACACUAUCAGUCCCUAAUGGUUCACUAUUCCCUAUUCCCUCAGGUCAAGACCCCCACACUAUCAGUCCCCAAUGGUUACCUAUUCCCUAUUCCCUCAGGUCAAGACCCCCACACUAUCAGUCCCCAAUGGUUCCCUAUUCCCUCAGGUCAAGACCCCCACACUAUCAGUCCCUAAUGGUUCCCUUUCACCUCAGGUCAAGACCCCCACACUCAGUCCCUAAUGGUUCCCUAUUCCCUCAGGUCAAGACCCCCACACUAUCAGUCCCUAAUGGUUCCCUUUCACCUCAGGUCAAGACCCCCACACUCAGUCCCUAAUGGUUCCCUAUUCCCUCAGGUCAAGACCCCCACACUAUCAGUCCCUAAUGGUUCCCUUUCACCUCAGGUCAAGACCCCCACACUAUCAGUCCCUAAUGGUUCCCUUUCACCUCAGGUCAAGACCCCCACACUCAGUCCCUAAUGGUUCCCUUUCACCUCAGGUCAAGACCCCCACACUAUCAGUCCCUAAUGGUUCCCUAUCACCUCAGGUCAAGACCCACAAACAAACAAAAAAUGCUCUUGAUGGUGCUCCCGGAAAACACUUCGAUGCAGCCUGACAGUAUGCUCUCGAUGGUGCUCCUGUAAAACACCGUAGGUUGAACAUUUUAGCUCCUCAGAGAUGUGUACGCCGAGGAGCUUUAAGUUUUUUGACAGUCUCCACGACGGGCCUCGUUGAUGAGGAUGGGGGCGUUCCCAGCCUGGUUCCUCCACAAUCAACUCUGUUGUUUUUUGCUAACGUUGAGGGAAAGGUUGAUUACCUGGCGCCACGCCGUCAGAGUGCCUACCUCCUCUCUGUAGGCCGUCUGGUCGUCGUUGGUAAUCGGGUCUACUACUGUCGCGUCGUCAGGGAACUUGGUGAUGGAGUUGGACCCAGUUGCGUAGGGAGGAGUUCAGACCCAGGGCCGGGAGCUUGGAGGGCGCUGUGGUAUUGAAGGUCGAGCUGUAGUCAAUGAACAGCAUUCUGACAUAUGUGUUCCCCUGGUCCAGGUGGGUGAGGGCAGUGCAGUGGUGAUGGCGUCGUCCGUGAAUCUGUCGGGGCAGUAGACGAAUUGGAGAGGGUUGAGCGUGUCGGGGAGGGAGGAGGUGAUAUGGUCUUUGACUAGUCUCUCUAAGCACUUCAUGAUGAAGGACGUUGAGUGUUACUGGUCAGUAGUCAUUCAGUAACUUUCCCUUCCUUGGGCAGCAGCACGAUGGUGGACAUCUUAAAGCAGGUGGGGAGAACAGCCCGAGCUAGAGGGAGAUUAAAAAUGUCAGAAAAACACAACAGCGAGCUGGUCUGCACAUGCUCCAAGGGGCACGGCUAGGAUCCUCCCAUCUAGAGAAUAGGGAGCCAUUAUGGACUUUCCCUGUUGUGUAAAUGACAGUAUUGACGUACACUGCUGACUGAUUCUGUUGUUGUCUUG